UCUUCUUCUUCUUUCUUCCCGCUGCAGGCACCCGAGGAAAAAAAAAAGGGGAACCCGGCACCAGCCUUUGAGAAACCGGUGAGAUAAGCUUGAUUUCUCCUUCUUUUCUUGCUCUACAACACAUGUAGAACCCAGAAAUUCUUUCCCCCUGCUGGAAAAUGCGGAUCUGCCUUGCUCUGUCCGCCGGCUGCUCUUGUUGUAGGGGCAAAUUGCUUGGAUUUUGGCCCGUGAGCUUUCUUCUUCCAUGCCGCCGGCCUUCCCCCAAUCUGCAGCUCCGGUUUUAGCUGGAGAAUUAUGGUAUGUGAUAGCCUUUUAAGGCUUCAAUUAGCCAUUUAUUGCUGCCUUGUGUGUGUCCGAAAUUCUGCAGAAAAUGGGGAUAAUUCCGGUAGCUUUAGGAUGAAGUUUAAGUAUUAAUUUAAGUGGGAUUUAUGUGAUUGAGUGUUAAUUGUCUGCUGUGUGAUUUUUGGAGAAAAUCCCUUGAAUUAGUUAGUGUUUUGGCCAAUUU